AUGGACUCAAAUGUUAUCCUUGUGAAUGAGGGUAGCUCUGCACAGAAGCAUCAAAACAAAGCAGUGUCAUCAGAUGGAAACACAAGGAUUGCAGCACGUCCAUGUCCAGUGCAAGAUGCUAGUUCUGACAGAGGAAACAACCAAAUGCCCCAUGCCAAUGCAUUGAUCGUACCUAAAGAUGAGCCUGUUGAUGAAUUGUCUGAUUAUGAGCUUCCCAUUGCAAUGGUUCCUCCUGAACCUAUAAGUUUAAGGCAUUCAUCAAAGAAGAGUGGUAUUACUAGAAAGCAAGGUGGCCAUGUCUCUGUGACAUCAUCAUAG